CUCCCGUGGAUCAGAAGUAUCACAGGCGGGAUUUCGUCGCUGUUUUUGAACUAUACUUCUUUUAAAAAAGAGCUGUAAGCGCCAUUGCAGUUCAUAUAUAUAAAUCCGAAUUAUAAUAAGUGACAUCUGUAAGCCGAAUUACAGUAAAACGAGGGCCUGCUUCCCCUCAGUCACUAGAGGCCAUCAUGAAGCUGACGGACAAUGUGCUGCGGAGCUUCAGGGUUGCUAAGGUGUUUCGAGAAAAUUCAGACAAAAUCAAUUGUUUUGACUUCAGUUCAAACGGAGAAACAAUUAUUUCCAGCAGCGACGACGAUUCCUUAGUUUUGUACGACUGCCAAGAGGGAAAACCCAAGAGGACCCUCUACAGCAAAAAGUAUGGAGUGGAUUUGAUCAGGUACACACAUGCUGCAAACACUGUGGUCUACAGUUCCAACAAAAUCGAUGAUACGAUCCGGUACCUGUCUCUUCACGACAACAAAUACAUCCGCUACUUUCCUGGGCACAACAAAAGAGUGACAUCUCUCUCCAUGUCUCCUGUGGACGACACAUUUAUUUCUGGCUCAUUAGAUAAAACAAUCAGACUCUGGGAUUUGCGGUCGCCCAACUGCCAGGGUUUGAUGCACCUCCAGGGGAAGCCAGUGUGCUCGUUUGAUCCAGAGGGUCUUAUUUUCGCUGCAGGCAUAAAUUCAGAGAUGGUUAAACUUUAUGAUUUGCGAUCGUUUGACAAGGGUCCAUUUGCAACCUUCAAGCUUCAGUAUGACCGGACGUGCGAGUGGACGGGACUCAAAUUUAGCAAUGACGGAAAACUCAUUCUUCUUUCUACUAAUGGCGGAGCCCUACGGGUCUUAGAUGCCUUUAAGGGUGCUGUGGUACAUUCCUUUGUGGGCUACAACAACAGUAAAUGUGUAACACUGGAGGCAUCAUUCACGCCGGAUUCUCAGUUUGUUAUGAUUGGCUCCGAGGACGGAAAGAUCCACGUGUGGAAUGCAGAAAGCGGUAUGAAGGUGGCGUUAUUAGACGGGAAGCACACGGGACCCAUUACCUGCCUGCAGUUCAACCCCAAGUUCAUGACGUUUGCGAGUGCCUGCUCCAACAUGGCAUUCUGGCUCCCGACCAUCGAUGACUGACGACGACAAAGUGACAGCUUCUAUUGAAGGCCAAAGUCAAAGUGAGCAGCAGCGGUCAGCACAGCCAACUCGGUGUAAAUUUCACAGGAAGUGCUGCCUAUAAAUUGUAAAUAAGUUUGCAGAAAUAGAUCAUUUGUCUAUUCUUUUUUUAUAUUUUAUAUUUAACAAUAAACCCGUUUCUUUUUAAGAUA